GCGCGGCAGCCGGGAGCGGGCCGGGGCGGCCGCGGCUUGGCAGACGCGGAGGUUUGGGAGACUCGGGGCCGCUCGGCAGCCGGCGGGCCACCGGGGCCUCCGCGGAGACGAUGGCGAAGGAAGAAGGAUCAUCUGUAGAAGUGCGCCAGAGGAAAAAACCAAAGACUUCAGGAAAUCAGGAAGCCAGAGCAGAGAAGAGAAGUGGUACCCCGGUUCCUGUGAGAGCCCCGAAAUAUGUGUCUUUUCAGCGCUUUGCAAAGAUAUUUAUUGGCUGUCUCGCAGCAGUUAUUAGUGGUAUGAUGCAUGUUUUCUACUUAUCAGCAUACCAUGAACGGAAAUUCUGGUUUUCCAACAGGCAGGAACUUGAACGAGAAAUCACAUUUCAGGGUGACAGUGCUAUUUAUUACUCCUAUUAUAAAGACAUGUUAAAGGCGCCUUCAUUUGAAAGAGGUGUUUAUGAGCUGACGCACAAUAACAAGACCGUCUCCCUGAAGACUAUCAAUGCUGUGCAGCAGAUGUCUCUGUAUCCAGAGCUUAUUGCCAGUGUUCUCUAUCAAGCAACUGGGAGCAAUGAAGUGAUUGAACCGGUGUAUUUCUACAUUGGCAUUGUUUUUGGAUUACAAGGAAUAUAUGUUACAGCUUUAUUUGUUACAAGUUGGCUUAUGAGUGGCACAUGGCUAGCAGGAAUGCUUACUGUUGCGUGGUUCCUAAUUAAUAGGGUAGAUACAACAAGAAUUGAAUACUCCAUUCCUUUAAGAGAAAACUGGGCUCUACCAUACUUUGCAUGCCAAGUUGCUGCACUUACAGGCUAUUUAAAAAGAAACUUAAAUACUUAUGCAGAGCGGUUUUGCUACCUGUUGAUGAGUGCGUCAACGUACACGUUCAUGAUGGUGUGGGAGCACAGCCACUACGUCUUGUUUCUUCAAGCAGUGUCUUUGCUGCUGCUGGAUGUGUUCUCAGAGGAACAGAGUGACAAGGUGUAUGAAGUCUAUAAAAUCUAUGUAUUUUCUCUCUUCUUGGGGUAUUUACUACAGUUUGAGAAUCCAGCUUUAUUGGUGUCUCCUUUAUUAAGUUUAGCAGGAGCAUUAAUGCUUAUUAAGUGCCUUCAGCUGAAUGGGAAAAAGGGAACCUUUGUGGCUAAAGUGAUCAAAGUGGUGAAGUUUUACCUGGUGUGUACUCUGCCGCUGACCCUAAAUCUUAUAAUGAAGACGUUUGUCCCACACAAAGAAAAUGAGCAUGUGCUGAAAUUCCUUGAAGUAAAAUUUGGAUUAAAUGUGACUAAGAAUUUUACAUUGAAUUGGCUCCUCUGUCAGGAAUCUCUCCAGGCACCAUCUCAGGAUUUUUUUUUACGAUUGACACAAUCUUCCCUAUUACCAUUCUAUAUUUUAGUGUUAAUUAUUUGUCUUCUUUCUAUGACACAAGUUAUUUUUAGGAGGAUGAAUGGUAAAUCCCAGAAAGAAACUGUAACUCUUGAAGAUGGAAGAAUUGGAGAAAGGCCAGAGAUAAUUUAUCAUGUAAUUCAUACUCUUAUACUGGGUUCUCUUGCAAUGCUUGUGGAAGGCUUGAAAUUCAUUUGGACUCCUUACAUGUGCAUGUUAGCAGCAUUUGGUGUCUGUUCCCCUGAACUUUGGAUGACACUUUUAAAGUGGCUUCGAUUAAGAACUGUGCACCCAGUAUUGUUGGCUCUUAUUCUGAGCAUGGCUGUGCCCACUAUUAUAGGUCUUAGUUUAUGGAAAGAGUUUUUUCCAAGGUUAAUUACAGAAUUAACAGAACUACAGGAAUUCUAUGAUCCAGAUACAGUGGAACUCAUGACCUGGAUAAAGAGGCAAGCUCCAGUUGCAGCUGUGUUUGCUGGAAGCCCACAGUUAAUGGGUGUGAUUAAACUGUGUACUGGAUGGAUGGUGACAAGCUUGCCGCUUUACAGUGAUGAUGAUCUUCUCAAGAGAAAUGAAAACAUUUACCAAAUCUAUUCAAAGCGAUCUGCUGAGGAUAUUUAUAAAAUCCUGACAUCUUACAAAGCUAACUACCUCAUUGUAGAAGAUGCCAUCUGCAAUGAGAUGGGAACCGUGAGAGGCUGCAGGGUCAAAGACUUACUAGAUGUUGCAAAUGGACAUGUGGUUUGUGAAGAAGGUGACAAAUUAACCUAUUCAAAGUAUGGACGGUUUUGCCAUGAGGUCAAAAUUAACUAUUCUCCAUAUGUGAAUUACUUCACUCGAGUGUACUGGAACAGGUCCUACUUCGUAUAUAAAGUCAACACCGUGAUAUCCUUCCAAUCUUGAAAACAACAGAGCCUUCACUUAAAGACCUGCCACUGCAGUAGAACGCAGUUUUCUUGGACCUCCAGGUGCCCUGCAGAUGGAGGUGGAUACCUGGAGUGCUGCUACUCUUCCCCCCCUGCUGCUGACUCCUGGGUUUAGGGUUUUGUUGGAACAGAAGAUCAAACGUCGCUGUUGUUUAGUAAAAUGUCAAAUCCACUGCUGCAGUCUUCUGACAGCCUUCCUUCAUACACGAUUUAAACAUUUCUCCGCUGCAUUGUCUCCUUAUAAAUCUUACCUAUCAUAAUAUUGAUCUUUAAUUUGGGUAUUUUCAAGGUCAGUGUUUACAUCAAAAACAUAAUUUUUAAUAAGUACUUAAUGUGUGAUUUUAUUCUAUAGUAGAAGAGAAAAUUCUCCAAGCAAGUUUGUAACAGAUGUAAAUUUUUUACAGUUAAAAAGAAUUUAAAUGUUAGUUAAAAAUAUGUGACAUUUAAAUUUAAAGGGAGAUAACAUAAAGGAAAUAACAAAAAGGAAAGUGAUUGUUUUUAUGAUACUAUUCCUGUCAUCUGCUGCUCAAGUAAUGUAGCAUGUUCUUAGCAAUACAUAGGACGAGUUAAUACAUCUAAUUAUUUCAUGACUAUUAAGUGAUUGCCUUUUCUCACUUAUGCCCAUUAAGUUGAUAACAAUUUAAUCAUGUUAGAACGAUAGCUUGUGUUUGUUUGUAUAUAUAUAUGUCCAUAUAUAUACAUAUAUGUA